AUGCAAUUGCACGCCUGCCUAGUCUCGGCCCUCCUGCUCGCCGUCUCCGUCGCCGCCCACUACCAAGUCGGCCAUCAUGGCGGCCAGCACCCGCACCCGCACCCCAAGAAGGUCUUCCCUUUCCUGAGCUGGAUCCGCGACAGCGCCGUCGGCUUCAUCUUCGGCAAGGCCAAGUCCGCAGACGUCGUGUCCUACCCGGGACUCCAGGCCAAGAGCUACACGAACGAGGUCGUCAUCAGAUUCAAUGUCACUGAGACGGACGAGGAGGAGGCCCUGGCCAAGGCCGCGGACCGGCUGUUCUUGGACGUCUGGGCCUUCACCCCCGAGUAUGUCGACAUACGGCUCCACAAGGACGAUGUCCCCUCCUUGAUGGGGCUCUUGCCCGAGUCGCUCCGCGCAGACUACUUCCCUCUCAUCCCCGAUCUGGCCUCCGCCGUCUGGGAGACGUACCCAUCCAAGAAAUCAUCGAGAAUCGGCCAGAGCCGAGUCGAACGCAGCGCAAACACCCUCGGCGGACGCGCCACAGAUGGGACCGACAACCUGUUCUUUCAGGACUACCAGCCAUUGCCCGUCGUGACGCAAUGGAUGCGUCUUCUCGAAGCCAUGUUCCCAUCCUUGGUCCAUAUCGUCACUAUCGGCAAGUCAUAUGAAGGCAGGGACAUCCUCGGCCUGAGGGUUGGUGAGGUUGUCAAACACAAGGCAACAACUGCCAAGGCCCGCAAGACGCUCGUUGUGACCGGAGGCGUCCAUGCGAGAGAGUGGAUCUCUACUACUACUGUCAAUUACCUUGCCUGGUCUUUCAUCACAUCGUACAACAAGGAGCCGAUGAUUACGAAAUUCCUCCAGAACUUUGAUAUUGUCUUCGUCCCGGCUCUCAACCCCGACGGUAUUGAGUACACGUGGGAGGUAGAUCGGCUCUGGCGCAAGUCUAGGCAACAUACAAACCUCCGCUUCUGCCGCGGCCUCGAUCUGGAUCACGCGUUCAGCUACAAGUGGGACAGCGUGAAGCACCAGACCGACCCCUGUUCGGAGAGCUACGGCGGCGAUGAGCCCUUCCAAGCAGUCGAGGCACUACAACUUGCACAGUGGGCCAAGAACGAGACCGGCAACAAUGUCCACUUUGUGGGCCUGCUUGACCUGCACUCGUACUCCCAGCAAGUGCUCUUCCCCUUCUCGUAUUCCUGCUCCGUUGACCCGCCAAACCUGGAGAACCUCCAGGAGCUCGCCGCCGGGAUCGCCAAGGCUAUCCGGUUGUCAAACGGCCAGGCCUACAGCAUCGCCUCGGCCUGCGAGGGCGCCACGGCCCAGGACCACAGCAACUUCGGCCCGCAGCCGCGGAUCGAGUCCGGCGGCGGCUCCGCCAUCGACUGGUUCUACCACGAGCUCAAGGCCCGCUACAGCUACCAGAUCAAGCUGCGGGACACGGGCAGCUACGGCUUCCUGCUGCCCAGCGAGAACAUCGUGCCCACGGGCCAGGAGAUCUUCAACGCCAUGAAGUACCUGGGCGACUUCCUGCUCGGCAACAAUGGCAUUGAGAAGCUUGGUGGGGACGACGAUGCCGCGCAGUACUCCAAGAUCACGGAUGCGCCGCCGAGUGAAGAGACGGAUGAGGAUUGGGUGGAGCUCAGGAGGCGGAGAAGGAGGAGGUGA